GGGGGCCCGGAAGUGCUUGGCAAACCGGAUGUACGAACUUCCCAAUGUGACUUACCUUGACAAACAUCGUUGUGUUUUAAUGCUGUCUUCGUCUAGCGGCUCAAAGUCUACAACAUGUUUCUUACCACUGCAAAUUUGGCCAAGGCGAAAUCAAAGACCCUCCUGGUGCAGAUGAUGAGCGCCGCAGGGACGGGCUACUUCUUCAACACGAAGAGGAACCGACUCCGAGAGAAACUGGUGCUGCGCAAACACGAUCCGUUUGUGAACAAGCACGUCCUGUUUUUUGAGAAGAGGAAGAUCAAAUCGAUUUGACAAUGCACCAGAUGGACAACAUCAACCUGCUUUUCAAAAGACUUUUUGUUUUUUAUUUUCAUGGAUUAUACAAGCUGUUUCCUCAGUCAACAUUUCGCUUUGGCUGGUCGACGCGCUGUCAAAGGAUUUCUGCAGUCGCUCUGCAAAAAGAGGGCCUUUACUGCACUGGAUCAGCAUGAUGCGGCUGAGCUUCAAGAAAAUCAAUAUGAAAGUAAUGUUUUUGGAGCUGAGCAUGUCAUUUAUUACAAUUCAGUCAAGUGUUUUGCAGCUUUAUAUUUCAACUGAAACCAUUUGUGAAAUAUGAUUGUGCACAUUUUAAGGAUCUUUGUCAAUUAUUAAACAGUUAAAAACAA